UCUAACCUAACCUAUACUGUUUUUGUUCCUUUGCACGUGAAAACAAAAAACAAUAUUUUUCCUAUCAUUUUUUAAAGGAUUAGAAAUAGUUGGUAAAUUAAAGGAUUCUUUUGGAUUGUUCAUUAAAGUUAAAUAAAGAUAUACAAUAAUGUUUUUUACAAGAAGAUUGACAGUUUUGUGUAAACAUUUAAAACAAAAUUUACAACGAAAUUUGACCACCGAAGCUCCUGUUGUCACUAAUGUAUCGAUUUCAAAACCCGAAGAAGAAAGAACAGUGUUAGUGGAGGUGGACAAUCAAGUAAUGACAAUUGGCAUAAAUCGUCCGAGUAAAAAAAAUAGUCUUGACUUUUCGACUGCACAAUAUCUUUCAGAAGCUUUAGACACUUUUGAAGCAAAUCAAGAAGUCAAAGUUGGCAUUCUUUAUGGAACAAAUGGCAAUUUUUGCGCUGGUUACGAUCUUCAUGAAAUUGCCAAACAUAAUGAGAAAUCAGAUAAUCUUUUGCCACAAUUUUCUUCUCUGAGUAGUAGAGACAGUCUUAUUAAGAAGCCGCUGAUUGCGGCCGUGGAAGGUUUCGCGAUUGAUGUGGGUCUUGAACUUGCCUUGAUGUGUGAUUUGAGAUUAAUUGACGAGACAGCUUCACUUGGUUUUCUGAACAGAAGAUUUGGAAUUCCCAUAAUGAGUGGAGGAACUGUGAGACUUCCAAAACUUAUCGGUUAUUCCCGAGCGAUGGAUAUGAUUUUAACUGGAAGGCUCAUUAAUGCCACUGAGGCUUUUCAAUUCGGUCUCGCCAAUCGUGUUGUCAAUUGUGGAUGUGCCGUAGGUGAAUCUGCCGUUUUGGCGAGUAAACUGACUUUUCAUCCACAAGAAGCUUUACUCGCUGAUCGUUUAUCGGCUCAUCAUGCAACAUUUUCCGCAAUUCACAUUGACGAGGCGCUGCAAUUCGAAAAAGACUGCGCCUCAAAUCCUCUGUUCAACGAGGGUGUUCGGGAUGCAAAGAAAUUCUCCGAGGAAGGAAUCGGAAAACAUGGAAAAAUCGUCAAUUUUUACAAAAGAGAAGAAGUAAAAGAUAUAAGGGAUGAUCUACUAUAAACAAAAAGAAUCUCUCCCCAAAAAAUUGAGCUUAAUCUCAAUCUUUUCAUCCCUUUCAUCCCCUUUAUUGACAAACUUGUAAAUAUAAUUUAAUUUUUCAAUAAAUAAGCCGAAAAAAAAGAAUUUUUCUCCAAA